GCGCGUGUGCCUGUUCACACAAUGCUCCGAAGGAGCAGCUCUGCCCUUGGCUUCUAGAACGCGUUCCUUAGCCACGAAUCGGGAAUUCGCUACGUACGGUUGCCUGGAGACGACGUCGCGUCUUCGCCUCUAGUCUCCCACUUUUUUUUCCCCAUCCUGGCUGUUUCCCUACAGUGGUCAUGGCCAAGUUCGUUAUUGCGGGUAAGGCAAAUUGCCCAUACUUUGCUAAGGCAGAACUUCUGGCAGAUUAUCUGCAGAAAAAUCUACCUGAUUUCCGGAUACACAAAAUUACUCAGCGUCCUAAUGUUUGGGAGAAAUGGCUGCAAGAUCUAUGUAAGAAGAAUCACUGGAAUCACAAACGUUCUCCUAUAGUUUGGAGAGAAUUGUUGGACCGUGGGGGAAAGGGUCUUCUUCUGGGGGGAUUUAAUGAGUUCUUGGAGCAUGCCCAGCUUUACUAUGGCAUCACUUCAAAGAUGAUGACCGGUGAGAUGCUGCUUAUUGCUGGUGAAAACUUGGAGACACAUAUAGAAAUUGAGCAGGAGGAAGAAGAGCUUAAAAAUGAGAUCAAUCCAUUAAAGGUCUGGAUCGCCGGUGCAUCUUGUCCUACAUGCUACAACUUGAUUCCAUUACUGGUAAAUGGAGAAGUGUUUGGGAUGAAUGAAGAAAUUAGCAUCCAUCUCUUAAACAACAACUUCCAAGAAGACACUCUCCGUGCCAUUAUGAUGGAAGGCCAAGACUUGGCAGCGCCUCUCCUGCGGAAUAUCUCUUUUUGCACAGUAAUAGAAGAAGCCUUUUUUGAGGCUGAGGUGAUCAUCAUACUUCCUGAUGACAUUGAAUAUGAGUCUGAGCCUCUAGAAAAUAGAAUCAGAGCUAGACUUCCUCUGUGUCAAUUAUUUGGAUCCAUGAUUGAAAAAAAUGCUCGUCGAUCUGUGAAGGUUAUUGUGGCAGGAAAGACCUUUCUAAACCUCACCACCAGUCUGAUAAUUACAUAUGCACCAUCUAUCAACCCACGGAACAUCAUUGCUGUGGCUAUGGUAGUUGAAAAUGAAGCAAAAGCCACGUUGGCCAGAAAACUGAAAACAACAGCAUCUGACAUCAAAGAUGUGAUAAUUUGGGGUAAUAUUACUGGCUCUCGCUACAUUGAUCUGAGGAAAGCAAAAGUUUUCAGAUAUGACAGUGCCAUUUGGGGACCUCCAAGCUAUUCACGUUACCUGUUAAACUUGAUAUUUGAUAGUGACUGAUUAUACAAAGAAUUUGGGAACUCUCUCAACUUGUGGAGUUUGACAGGGCAUUUCCAAAGAGGUAUUUACCCUGCACACUGCAUAGCCACCAUACUGAAGUUUUGGUACCACAAUUCUCCGCCAGGAGAGGUCUUCUCUCUGGGAAUAAUAAGUGAAGGUGAAUUUAGCACACCUGAGGGAAUGGUGUUUUCCAUGCCAGUACAAUGCAUGAAUGGAAUCUGGUUGCCUUGCACGAAUUUGACUGAGACUGAAUUAACAGAAGAUGUUAAGGGUGCAAUAAUCCAUGAUCUCGAACAGGAAAAACUAAUUGCGCUUGGAGAAGUAUUAUAUUACAAGGCAUACGUUCCAGAGUUUUUCAGCGCAGGUUCUCUAGAAAUCUCAGACGCUCAGAGUAGUCAAGAACCCUUAGAAGGAACUGAAUCUGAAGCCCCGGAAUACUAAAAGAAACAUGUGGGUGAAGAAUUACAUUGUUUGGAAAUGUAACAUGAUGUAGCAGGGGUUAUACAUGUCUACACUUGGGAAAAAUAUUGAGAUGAGAAAUUUAGAUGAGUUUUAGAAUAUUAUAAUAGGUAAC